AUGAUUCCUCUCCUCGCUCUCUUCGCACUCCUCCCUCUCCUCCACGCCGCCUCCUGCUCCGCUCCUCGAGCCGUAUGCAACCCCCUCCUUCCCCCCGGCUACCUCUCCCCCACCUUCACCUCCUCCCGCGCCCAACUCGACUCGUACGCCCAAAAGUCCAUCGACUCCCUCCUCGCACGUACAGAUCAUAAAAACGGCUACUUUAAAGACGGCGGCGGGUUCUGGACGGCGCAGAAUGGAUGGACGGCCGUAGCGGAUUAUGACCGACUCCGGGGGUCGAAAGUCUUGGCUGCGAGAGUCAGCGCUGCGCAGGAUCUGCUGGUCAAGACGAGUACGACGGGUGUGCCGCUCGUGAAUGAGUUUAACGAUGAUGCGGGGUGGGCGGCAUUGGCGAAUCUGAGAGCGUAUGAGGCUUAUGGGGAGAAGAAGUACAUGGAUCGGGCGAAGGUAGUGUGGGAGUACCUCACCACGCAAAUUGUUACUGAGCAGGUACUGAAUGACGGAUACCUCAAGAGCGUCAAGAACCCAGACAACAAGAUCUCUCGCACAUGUAACGGGAAGAGCAUGCUUGGUGGUGUUUACUGGGUCAACGGCGGUACAGCUCAUCCGGACCAAGCCAAAGACGCAGGCGUCAACGCAGUCUCGACGGGGCUGUUCGCGCUCCUCUCUGCGGAGUUGUGCGGGAUCACAAAAGAUAAAGCCAAGUACUGUUCCAAGGGCUACCGCUCGGCGCAGUGGCUGGAUGAUCACGUCGUCGGUCCAGACGGGCUACUCUGGGACGGGGUCCACGGCACCACCUGCAAGAUCACCGAUUGGAAGUUCACCUACAACGCCGCACUCUACAUCGGGGCCUACGCGACUCUCGGGUCCCUCACUUCCAACGCUACCGCGCUCCUGCUUGCCGAACGCACCGCCAAAGAAUCCCUCAAGACGACCCAGUGGAAUUCGCCCAACGGGAUCAUCAAGGAAGGCGCCGGCGACGUCAAGGGCUCCGACGACGGGAUAGGCUUCAAGUCCGUGCUCGUUCGUGCGCUCUAUCGGUCCUAUCCCUACUUCAAGGACGCGGGUCUCAAGGCGGCGAUCGUGGAGUAUGUCAAUAUCCAGUACUAUGGCUUGACGCAGCUGGAUGCGGAUAGCAAGACCCAGCCUGUAGAGUAUGGGAGGAAUUGGGCAGGGCCGGCGUAUCAGGGAUCGACGGCGCAUGCUCAAUUGGCUGCGCUAGAUGUCCUCAAUGCCAUCACGCUCAAUCCUAAAUCCGCAUUCCUCAAAGCAGAGGCGAAGGGUAUGACGGUCAUCAAGACCCAGCCUCGUGUAGGUGGAUGCUGA